CCCCUGAGCGCGAUGCCGCGGCUAACCCUAGCCAUGGGGUUCGGCAGGGUCGCCGCCGCAAUUACCGCGCCGCCGCCGCUCAUCCAUGUGCUCACCCCGGUCCUGGCUGUGCCCACACAACCUCCAGUGGGGAACUACCUCCCGAUCGACCAAGUGCGCCCCGAAAUCGCAGAGGCUUACGUCCAGGAAGUGUGGGUCAAGGCGCAGAAAAUGCUUGCCGGCUGCAAGGAAACCUGUGACGAAAACAAGGUUGAUGCUCAAGUUGUGCUUGUUAACGGGAACGAUGUCGCGGAUACCAUUUCCAGUCUUGUUGCUCAGCACCAGAUACAGAUCCUCGUCGUCGGUGCCAGCAGGGGCUUCUUCAGCAGCGAGAAGACGGAGCCGGUAUGGACGACCACGGUGGUGGGCGACAGUAGGCGUUGAUGAGCUCGUCCCGGAAGAGACCAGUGAG